AUCGGAAGCGAGGCCAAGCCAGGCUUCCUGUAUAUGCGGGAGUUGAAGUUAGUGGGCGCUCGCGCGGGCGUGACAACUACAGCUACGACGACCGGCGGAGGAGGAGUGGGGAGUGGAUCGGGUCACCCGGAGGCGGGAGAGAGCGGCCGCCGCCAUGGCGCUGUCUGAUAGUCAGCUCAAGAAGAUGCUUGGCAAGUACAAGUACAGAGACUUAACUGUUCAAGAAACAAUCAGUGUUAUUGCCCAGUAUAAAGAUCUCAAGCCUGUAAUGGAUGGAUAUGUUUUUAAUGAUGGCUCAUCAAGAGAGUUGAUGAGCCUUACUGGAACCAUUCCUGUGAUUUACAGAGGCAACACAUACAAUAUCCCAAUAUGUCUGUGGUUGCUGGAUACAUAUCCAUUCAAUCCUCCCAUCUGUUUUGUUAAACCCACUAGUUCAAUGACAAUUAAAACUGGGAAACAUGUUGAUGCAAAUGGAAAGAUAUAUCUUCCAUAUCUACAUGAGUGGAAGCAUCCACAGUCCGAUUUGAUAGGACUGAUACAAGUUAUGAUUGUGGUGUUUGGAGAGGAACCUCCGGUCUUUUCUCGGCCUACUAUUUCAGCAUCUUACCCAUCCUACCAGGCAACAGGACCACCAAACACUUCCUACAUGCCAGGUAUGCCAAGUGGAAUAUCUUCUUACCCCCCAGGACCACCUCCCAACCCAAGUGGUUUUCCAAGCUAUGCUCCCUACCCUUCCCCUAGUGGACCAUUUCCAGCAACAACUAGCACACAACACUACCCUUCUCAGCCUCCUGUGACUACUAUGGCAGAUGUCAGAAGAAAGCAGAAACAGGUAUGGAUUUGUGGUCAUUCUUAUGUUUUCUGGGCAGAAAAACGGGCACUUGAGAGAAGCUUUGGCCCACAGCUUGGCAUUCCAAUAGAGGAUGCCAAAUUACAUUGGCUAGGAAAGAGCGGCAUGACAUGGGAUCAGUUAACACCCAUCCUGUUGCAUACACGGCGACGUCUAUCAGAUCCUGAUAUAUUGGUGGUGCAUCUAGGAGGAAAUGACCUGGCGAUGAGAAGUAAUUUGGAUAUCAUAAACCGAAUGAAGAAGGAUUUAGGACAUAUCAGGCACAUUUUCAAGAACAGCAUUCUGGUCUGGUCUAAUAUUGUGCCCCGCAAAGUAUGGAACCAAGAGGUGCCUCAUAAGCUGAUGGAGAAAAGCAGGCGAAGAGUCAAUAAAGAAAUCGGCUUGUUUAUAAAGAGUAUUGGAGGGAGUGUGAUUAAACAUGAGUCACUUAUACCAACGUCUUCUGGAUUGUUCCAUCUGGAUGGUGUCCUGUUGUCUGAAAGUGGCACAGAUGUCUUCAACCUGGAUUUAUUAAGUAUUUUGGAGACUUUGAUCUGACUGUUUCUUUGGAAGAAGAAUUACUGACACAGGCUUUGUGUUAAAUAAAUUUCUCUCCAGGGAUAGAAAUCAUUAGAAGAAGAUUGCACACAGUGUGGAAAAAUGAGUCUGUAGACAUUGAAGUUGCCUUUUUAGAUUGCUAAUACAGUUUGAUAUGUAUGGCAUUGACUUACAACUAUUACAGUAAUGUAUGAACCCAUAUAUUAAAUUUAAGCAUUGCAAGUUGCAAAUUCCAUUUAAUAUUUUUGUGUUGAAUUCAGUUUAGUUUCCCAGUGUACUUGAAGAAACUGCCAAACAGUUUUACCUCCUGAUUUUAAUUUCAUCUCUAAAAAUACUCAAUGGACAUAGCAUUUAUAAAAGUGUUUCAGUGUUAAACAUCAAUACUAUCGUGUUUGCACUGAGUUUUACAGAAUUUUUAAAAAAUAUAUAACUUUUGGAAUGGAGGGCAAUUAGGUAGAACAGGCAAAGAGGAGUCUUUUGCUAUAUUUUUUGAAAGGUGCAGACAGGCAGGGGUACAUCACUUGAAUUAAAUAAACUAGGAACAUUUUUGGUGGAAGCAGAAAGCAGUGGGUUGGGUCGUAUGUUCUGUGAGUGUAGCUGUACAGCAUCACACCUCCAACCCUCUUGAUAUUGCCUGCUAUAUUCCCAUAAAUCCUGCACCAGAUUGUCAGUGGACACUUGGGAACAGUAUAAGGGACGUGUAGGUAGUCUGCCGUGAGAGGAGGAAGAAGACUGAAAUGUGUUGCUUGUAUGAGCAGAAAAAAAUAUAGAACCAGCAACCCAACUAUGUAAGCUAUGUUAAUGUUAUUUUAAAUGCGUUCAUACAAAAGAACUUCCUUUGUAACUUCAGUAGUUUGUGUUAAUCUAGAUGCUAAAGGUUUUAAGUGAAGACAGGUUCCCCAGUCAGGAGCAUUGCAUGCGCUCCAGUGCACAUAAAGAGUUUUGCAUAAGGAUUGCUUGGUUCCUUUCCUAGAGAACAGAAUCACAGUCAUGAAUGAAUAAACUUAAGGAUGUGCUUCCUCCAUUGAAAAAAUGAUUGAGUGAGGGCCUCUUCAUUAGCCUUGGAGUUUCCAUGCCUGAAACAGUUUGGUGGUUUGGUUGGUGUCUUUAAAUAUAAUUUAAUUUUCCAGUUCCCUUCAGUACAUUUUGUAUAAAAUGACAGGCGCUGUGUAAAUUUACUGCGCAGCCACUACCCUUAAUUAACACAUUUUGUGUGGGUACUUCCUAAGCACUUCAUUUUAGUCUAGGUUUUGAAGUUGAGCAGGUGACUGCAGCGACCACAUUUUUUAAAACUUCAGAAUUGGCCUAGGGGAGGGGUGCUGUAUUAUAUGUUUAAAUACAUGAAGUUGAUUUUCUGCCUGCACUUAAGCUGUUUAACUGUUUGACAUUAUCUCUGUAAAGCAGUCAUGCUGCAUAUUGCUGUGGCAUUGCCAUAUCUUUUCCUGGAAAUGGCAGAAGGCUCUAUCAAUUUGCAUAAUCUUAUAGAACAAAGGUUUUCACUAUCAAUUUAAGUGCUUGCUAGGAAAAAUUGAAAAUUUUAAAAAGCAUCUUACUAGAGAAAUUGUUAAAUAAUCUUUCCGGCAUCACUGCUUGAUUUAAACUCUUACCAUUAAGGUAUGUGAUCCUUAUCAAGUUUAAAGAUAGUAUCACUUAUAGGGAAAUAUGUUUAAAAGAAGCCACAUAUGAUAAUAUCCCUAGAUGCUUGGUAGUAAAUUUCACAUCAUUUUUGUAUGGGACAGUGCCUUUAAAGUUUCUCUCACAGGAGAGAGAAAGAGCCUGUUUUAAUGGGGUCUGUCAUCUCAUCUCCUCCUCAAGUCACUACCUAGAAAAACAUUAUUUAAUUCUUCUGCUCAGCGUUUGGGCUGUGGACUCUGGGAAGCUGUAGUUCACCAUGGACUUUAUUCUCUAAUGUAACAUAACAGAUGUAGAUCUGUAGAUCUUGCCUCACAUAGAAAUGCUUUUCAUUACAUUUUAAGAUUAAAACCUUGAACGAUUUUAUUUUUACGUUAACUUCUGUUUGAAUAACUCACAGUUUUCCACCAGGAAAACUAUAUAGCCUUUGGAGGGGUAGGGAGAGAGGGAAACUAGGGCUCAGUUCUACACACACACAUAUAUAUAUAUGAUGCAGUUCUUUCCAGGGAAAUAGCAGCAUUUUGUAAGCUGCUUGUAUUAGGACUUUCUAAGAUCCUAUAUACUGGUUGGACCCUUCUGUCUUUUCUGUUGUUGGACAGUGUUGUUUUGAUUAAUCAGUCUAGUUUGUGUGACUUGAUGAUUUGUGUGUUAAAAAUAAAAAGUAAUCUUUA